AAGGGAGGAAAGUUCUGCGCUGAAGGGAGAGCCGAACGGCACACGCUCUUACGGGGGUGGCAGCAGCGAAGCGGGGCCGCAGAGGAGCGAGUGGCGGCGGAGGGAGCUCCGGAGAGCACCACCUCGCUGCCCUCCGUGUCUCGCGGGGGUCUCGGAAAGGUCCCCGGUGCCCGAGGACUUGUGCACGCAGCCAUGGGCGGUGUCGGGGAGCCCAGCGGGGAGCCGGGGCCGCGCGAAGGGCCCGCGCGGCUUGGGGAGCCGCUGCCCACCUUUUACUGGGAGCAGAUCCGCCUGCACAACCAGCCGGGCGACCGGUGGCUGGUCAUCGAGAGCCGCGUCUACGACAUCAGCCGCUGGGCACUGCGGCACCCGGGGGGCAGUCUCCCCCUCGGCCACUUCGGCGCUGAGGACGCCACGGAUGCUUUCCAUGCCUUCCACCGGGACCUCAGUUUUGUACGCAAGUUCCUGCAGCCCCUGCUGAUCGGACAGCUGGCCCCAGAGGAGCCCCGCCGGGACGAAUCCCAGAAUGUCCAGCUGGUCCAGGACUUCCGAGCCCUGCAUCAGGCAGCCAAGGACAUGAAGCUGUUCGAGCCCAACCAUACCUUCUACAUCUUGGUGUGGGGCCAAAUCCUGGGCAUGGAGGUGCUCGCCUGGCUCAUCAUCUACCUCUUUGGCUCCGGUUGGGUGCCCAGCACCGUUGCCACCCUCUUCUUGGCUAUCUCCCAGAUGCACAGCUGGUUUAUGGAGCACGACCUGGGCCACUCCUCUGUUUUCAAGAAGUCCGAGUGGAACAGCCUGGCCCAGCAAUUUGUGAUGGGACAUCUGAAGGGCUUCUCUUCCCACUGGUGGAACUUCCGCCACUUCCAGCACCACGCCAAGCCCAACGUCUUCUGCAAGGACCCAGAUGUGGCUGCAGCACCCAUCUUCCUCUUGGGGGAGAUCUCUGUUGAGUACGGCAGGAAGAAACGAAGAUACCUACCCUACAACCACCAGCACCUGUACUUCUUCCUGAUUGGCGCGCCGCUGCUCACCCUGGUCAACUUCGAGGUGGAUAAUCUGAUCCACAUGUUGGUGUGGAGGCAGUGGAGGGACUUGUUCUGGGCCGCCAGCUUCUACUCGCGCUUCUUCUUGUCCUACCUCCCCUUCUACAGCUUUUCUGGGGUGCUGCUCCUCUAUGUGGCUGUCAGGGUCCUGGAGAGCCACUGGUUCGUGUGGGUCACACAGAUGAGCCACAUCCCCAAGGACAUGGGCUAUGAGAAGCACCGGGACUGGUUCAGCUCUCAGCUGGCAACCACCUGCAAUGUGGAGUCCUCACUCAUCUUGGACUGGUUCACCGGGCACCUCAACUUCCAGAUCGAGCACCAUCUCUUCCCCACAAUGCCCCGGCACAACUACCACAGGGUUGCACCGCUGGUCCAGGCGCUGUGUGCCAAGCACGGGCUUGUCUACGACGUGAAGCCCUUAUUCACCGCCCUAGGGGACAUCGUUAGGACCCUGAAGAAGUCUGGCAACAGCUGGCUGGAAACCUACCUCCAACAGUGAAGGCAGUGCCUAGGGCUGCCACAGACAGACCUGACAGCCCCCCACCCCCGGCCUGGGGGGCCCUGCCGACCCCUGGUCCUGCCAUCUUCUCCUCGGCCCUCUUGUCUGUCUGCUCGGUAGCCCCAAGGCCACAGUUGUCGGCCCAACAGGACAGGGGCUCGGGUGAUGGUACACAAAGCCACACAAUGAGCAUGGCAUGUUUUCUGGAAGCAAAAACUUAGGGAAAACUGUUAUUUUUCUAUAAAAACAAACCCAGAUAUAUUAUGGAAUAAAGUAUUGAACUUGCAUGAA